GACGAAGCCUCCACCGGCAACACUGGAAAAGGAGCUGCCGAGUCCGGUGACGCCCAGGAGGAGGAUGACGCCCCGGCGCCGGUGCCGUCGGCCACGGCAGUCGACUACUGGGACAUCUCCGAGAUGGCGGAGGAGGACCUCCGCUGGAACACCGAACCCGGCGGCGACGACGACUACGACGCCGAUGAUGAUGACGGUGACGAGGCGCGGGACGCCCGCCUGAUGCCGCCCCCGCCGGCUGUGGGCGGGGGCGGGGGCGGCUCAACCCCGGCGCCGCCCCCGCCGCCCGCGCCGCCGCGCAAGAAGCAGCUCAACACGCCUCUGGGCGCCAUGUUACCGGAGAAGUACGCCAGUGUGGAGAUCACCGACCUGUUCCCCUUCAGAGAGGAUAAGGUGUUGCGGUUCUCGCGGCUGUUCGGGCCCAGUCGCCAGGCCAGCCUGCCUCUCCCCUGGCGGAACGCCCGCAAAAAGAAACGGAAGAAGCGCCGCGACGAUGACGACUCGGACGUGAAGCCCAAGGAGCUGACGCUGAGCUUCGGCCCGCCGCUGCCGCCCGAGCAAGUGGAAUCGGAUGACGAGGAGAAACUCCUCCGCCCUGAAGAAGCCCCGGCUCAGGCGCGUCCUGCCACGGAAGAGAAGCCGGCCGGCAGCAGCUCCCCCAAGUCCACCGACUGGCGGUACGGGCCCUCGCAGCUGUGGUACGACAUGCUGGACUGGCCGGCCAAUGGCGAGACGUGCAACUACGGCUUCAAGGAGGGAGGCGACAAGAAUGGCGAGAACAAGACGGAGAGGGAGGAGGACGAGGCAGAGUCGGAGGGGGAGGACGAGGCCGACGGGGACCGGCCGGCCGGAUCGCUGCGCUCCACCGUCAGUUCUCAGAGGGCUCGGGGCCGCAGCUCGGGGCUCCAGUCUGGGCUCUGCUGCAACUGCUGAAUGAUCAGCGGCACA